AUGGCCACCUCCCCGCCCGCCUCACCGGGCCACCCUCCUCAACGGCCAGUGAGCGCCAUGGUUCGACCAGCACCCCGAAGCAACAGUCGCAUGAGCAUAACCAGCAGGGCAGCUGGUGGAGGAGGUGGAAGUAGAGCAUCAGACGAAGACACUCGUACUGCCGUCAAAGUUGCCGUACGCGUGCGACCACCUCUCAAGCCCACCGACCCCGGCUUCGACCUCAUCCCACAACGAUUUCAACGGUCCAUGGUCCAGGUCACAUCCAACACCAACAUAGCCAUCGAGUCACCUCAUGGGAAAAAAAUCUUCGUAUUCGAUCGCGUCUUUAGCCCCGACGUAGACCAGGAAGGAGUCUGGGAGUAUCUCAACGACUCGAUUAAUGCCUUUAUCCAGGGCUACAAUGUCUCUGUUCUGGCCUACGGCCAGUCCGGGGCCGGAAAAUCCUACACAAUGGGCACCUCUGGCCCAUCGGAGCAGAACGAUCCCGAUGCAAUGGGUGUCAUCCCUCGCGCUGCUGCUGCGCUUUUCAGCAAACUUGAUGGCCCCAGAAAGCAGUCUAAUCGCGGCUCCAUGUCACAACUGCGCACUCCGUCCCGUUAUUCCCACGGCCCAUCUCUAUCGACCGGUGCCGAUAGGGGUUGGCAACUGAAGGCGAGCUACGUCGAGAUUUACAACGAACACUUGCGCGAUCUUCUCGUCCCCGACAACACACCCACACACGAACGUGCCACCGUCACCAUCCGGGAAGACGUCAAGGGCAACAUUAUCCUUACCGGCCUCCGGCAGGUUGACAUCAACUCCGUCGAAGACCUAAUGAAUGUGCUCAACCUGGGUUCCGCUCUGCGACAGACCGAUGCCACCGCCAUCAACGCAAGAUCCUCGCGGUCCCAUGCCGUCUUCAGUCUCAACUUGGUACAGCGGAAGAGCGGCUCCCCCUCUCCCUCAACAUUGGCCGCCGAAAAGCGAUUCUCCGUCCCCAUCGAAGCCAUGACCGGCAACGAGAGCUGGGUCACCACAGACAGCAAGCUCCACUUUGUCGAUCUCGCCGGUAGCGAACGUCUCAAAAACACCGGCGCACAGGGCGAGCGCGCCAAGGAGGGCAUUUCCAUCAAUGGCGGUCUUGCCGCCCUAGGGAAAGUGAUAUCGCAGCUUUCGUCCCGGAGCGCGGGAUCUCACGUCUCCUACCGUGACUCCAAGCUCACUCGUCUGCUACAGGACUCCCUCGGGGGCAACGCCGUCACCUACAUGAUCGCUUGCGUGACCCCGGCCGAGUUCCACCUGAGCGAGACCCUGAACACGGUCCAGUAUGCCCAGAGAGCCAGGGCGAUUCAGAGCAAGCCCAGGAUCCAGCAGAUUGAGGAAGGCGACAAGCAGGCCAUAAUCGAACGUCUCAAGGCCGAAGUGGCCUUCCUGCGCGACCAGGUCCGCAACGCCGAGCGCCACAACGGCGACCGACGGGCUCCCGCCGGCGACGGAGGUCGGUCCGACCGGCAAAACGAGCGAGAGAUGGAAUUGCAGGACCAGUUGCUCGAUAUCCAAGAGAACUACACCACCCUGAGCCAGCGCCAUGCGAAGCUAAUCGCCGAGAUGGCCAGGGCGCGGGACGCUGAGCGGGCUGGCCAGGACGAUGGGGGGGAGUCUCUUGACAAGAGUGCGACCGAGCGUUUGAACCGGUCCAACUCCUUCGCCCAGGCCGUCGAACAAGUCGUCCUCGAAUACGAGAAAACCAUCCAGUCCCUCGAGCAAUCCCUGUCGAGCACCCGCGGAAUCCUUUCCAGCACCGAGACUAGCCUCCUCGAGAAGGAAACCAAGUGCGCCUACGUCGAGACCCUCAACUCGCAACUCCAGGCCCGUCUGCAGAAGCUGAUGGACCGGGAGGCGAGCACCGAGAAUUAUCUCCACGACCUGGAGGCGAAGCUGGACGGCCAUACUUCGGGUGAGGAAAAGAAUGCCGCUAUCAUUGUCGAACUGCGCAAGGAGAUUGCCCGUGCCAGAGAAAACGAGGCCGCCUGUGAAGACUACAUCUCCACCUUGGAGGAGCGCUUGGCCGAGGCUGACCAGGACGCCGAGCUGAUGCAGCGGGAGAUCGAUCGGCUGGAACAAGUCAUCGAGAGGCAGCGGAGCCUCGGCAAGCUCGAUUCGCUUCUGUACGAGUUGGAUCACAUUCAAGGCGAAUCCAACGUACCGGAACCCGAAGCCGAAUCCCAAGUCACCAACGGCACAAGCCACCGUCGUAAGCAUGCCGAGCACUCCCGCAGCCUGUCGCAUGUGUCGCAUAUGAGCCGAAUGAGCCACAGGGAUGUGAUCCACGAGGGUGAUGAGGAGGACGUUAUUCCCGAAGAGCCUGCCGAGAUGGGGGCGGAGACGGAGACUACGAUCGAAAAUGGCUCCGCCAACUACGACGACGAAACCCCAGCGGCCCAAGAUGACGACAACCUCAGGCCGGAGGAGACAGACUACACCCCGCCGAGCCCUGCGCAGACCAAGUUCGUCGCCGACAAGCUGGAAAAUGUCACGCAGGAGCUUCUCGACCUCCGCGUCGAGCAUGAGAGCACGGUUCAGGAGUACGACCACUUGCACAGCCGGUACGAGGAGGCUCUCCGUGCUCUUCGGGAGCUGCAAGACGCCAUUGACGAGUCUCGCCACCCCAACCGGCACGUCCGUGACUCGAUGCUGUCCAUCACGUCCCCCACAAGCGGGACGCGACCGCCGUCUUUCUUCUCCGACUCGAGAUUGACCAGCCACAAUGAUAGCACGCACCGGUCCCUCUCGUCCGAGCUAUCCUCGGCCCUCGAUUCACCCACCACGGUCGACGCACCCGAUGCCGAGACAGCUACCAUUCGCCCUGCAAACGAAGACGACGGCGCUUCAGACACUCCGGAAGCGUCACAGGAAUUUGUGGCGGAGGAAAAGAUGGACAACCAGGCGCGGCCCGAUACACCACAAUCUGGUACCCAGUCGCAAGCCGACCAGAAGAUCCAAGACGUGGUACAAGCCUCGGUUGAAGACGAGAAGACGUCUGAAGUGCGACCUGAACUGCAAGAUGAAUCUUCCGCCCUGACCGACGUCCCCUCGUCACCGACACAAUCUCACCAUGAUCUUGCCUCCGAGCUUGAACGACUCCGUGCACUCUCAGCCGAAAAGGAAGCAACAGAGAAGGAGUUGGCGGAGAAGUACGCGCAGCUUGAGCAGAAGCACCACGACACGCUGGACAUGGUGGAGGAGCUCAAGACGGAGGUGGCCCAAGCCAGGGCGGCGGAGGCAUCGUCGCCCCGAACGGCCCAACCCAUCAUCCGCCGGAAAUCGAGCCAGAACGUGAUGAUCAUCGACCGCGCUCAUCGAUCGUUCGCCUCGCUACGGAACCUCGCCGCCGACAACUUCGAGGACCAGCCUGAUGUGAUGCAGAAUUUCGAACUCAACCUCAACGCGGCCAUGCACGAGCUCCAUGCGCGGUCCGAGAGAAUACAGGAACUCGAAGCGGAUGUUGCGGCGGCGAAGAAGGAGAUGGAGACCAAGAUGACCAUCAUUUCGGGCCUGACCCGGGAACGGUCCAGCUUGAAGGCUUCCCCGAUGGACAUGUCUCUCGUGUCUACGUUGAAGAACCAGCUUGAGAUGACGGAGCGGCAGUUGCAGGAGAUGAGGGAGUCGCACGCGGCUGCCGAAAAGGAGUUGCAUGCCGAAAUCGCAGCGCUUCGUGCUGCCGUCAAGGAGACGCCCACACCUGUUUCCCCGACAGAGAACUCGGCUGACGCGACCAAUACUUCCGAGCCCGCCGGUGGUGAUGAGAGGAUGGUAGAGCUCGAGGGUCAGUUGGCGGCCUGGGAGUCCAAGCACCAGACGGCGCUCGCAUGCAUGCAAGACACCGAAUCUCAGAUGAAGAAAUACAUGGAAGAACUCGAGGACCAGGUCACCGUGCUGAAUGCCAAGGUGGCUGAACAGGAGGGGGCCGCUGGCGAGAAGGCCAAGGAGGAGAAGGAAGAACAUCAGAACCUGGUCAGGGUCCUCCGUGACGAAGUGGACGAGUACAAGGCCAUCAUCAGCAGCAACGCCGCCAGGGUGGCUGAGCUUGAGGCCGUCCACGCUACCACCAAGGCCGAGCUGGAAGAAGCCAUUCGGACGCGCGAUCUCCACGCGAGCCAGUGCAAGACGCAGCAAGAGCUCCUGGACAACCUCGAGCAGCAAAUCGCGGCGCACGAGCAGGCGCUCAAGACGCACCAGGAAGGCAUGAAGCUCCUCCGGGAGAACCACGCCAACGAGCUGGCGGAGGUCAGAGCGAUGGAGCAGAAGGGCUACGAAGAGCAAAUGGGCGUCUUGAUGAACGAGCAGGCCGAGGCGGUCCGCAUCCUGGAGAGCGAGUUGAACGACGCGCGGGACGACCUGACGAGGGUGGCAGCGCAGGUGGCGAGCGGCCUCGGCGUCGACGACGAUGGCGUGGAGAAGCUCACGGAGCGCAUCGACAGCUUGAUGGCGGACCGAAAGGCGCUUCACGAGGCGGAGGCGAAGACGGGCGAGUUUGAGCGGCACAUGGUGGAGCUCUCGAACAUCAACGACACGAUCCUCAAGGACCUCGAGCAGGUCAAGUCGACGCUGUCCGACAUACUCACCGGGGAGGGUGAGGCGGUCAGGAGCCCGGCGCCGGUGACGGAGCAGCUGUCGGCGAUUCGCAAGAAGAUGGCGGAGCUCGAGAGCAAGAACAAGAAGAACUCGCGGCUUGUGGAGGAGUUGGAAGACCAGCUCCAGACGAACUUUGACCAUGCCCAGAUUACCAACAACCGCAUCUCGACGCUACAGACGGAGCAGCAGGCGCAGCUGGAUAAGGCCAUUGCGGCGAAGACGAAGCUCGAGGCCGAGUUGGAGACUUUGCGCGCGGAGCACACGGGGCUUCAGGCCAAAUACGAUGAAGCGAUCAGCGGCCAGCCGCAGCGGACGAACUCGACCAACUCUAACCUUCGCAAGAGCGCUUCACACACGUCUCUGCCGUCGCCGCCGCCGGCGAUCCCGCUGCCCCCGCUACCCAGCGGCAACGGACCCGGCAGCCCGACGGUGCCGAGCUCGCCGACGGGGAUGCGGCCGGCGAGCAAGGACAACAUGGCGAUGGCGUCGCUGACGCAGAUCCAGGAGGACCAGGAGGCGCGGAUCCGGACGAUCGAGAAGCACCUGGACGCGGAGAAGCAGCUGACGCAGACGCUGGAGGAGGCGCUGACGGACCUGGAGAAGCAGUCGAACAAGGUGAAGGCGGACUGCGACGCGUGGCGCAAGCGGUGCGGGCAGCUGGAGGCGGAGAUCAAGGAGCUCAAGGACCGGCCGACGCCGCCGCCGGCGCAGGACAACCGGUGGAGCCUGCACGCGGUGGAGGAGGAGCGGAAGAAGCGGCAGGCGGCGGAGGCGGCGCGGGCGCAUCUCGAGGAGAGGAUGAAUGCCAUCAACAAGCAGAAGAAGAAGAAGGGGUCUUUGAACUGCUUCUAG